ACUCUAAUGAAGAGAGAGAAAGAUUGCGAUAGUUGUCUAUCGCGUUAGGCUAUUUGGCUAACUUGUUUUCUAUAUAACAGACUUCGAAAUAAAUGUGUUACGACUACAUAAGUAUUAAAAACACCACAUGAACCUAUCUAUUUAAACCGGGGAAUUAGGUAACCCGCUAUUCUUACAGUACAAUUCGUAAAUGAUUUCAUGUAACUUUUGAUACAGAUAAGAGUUAUGUUAAAAGAGCAAGCUAGUCAUUUUCAUUUAUUUAUGUAUUGUUAUUUCAUCUAUCUUAGCCCUUAGUCCUCUCUACCAACCCCAUACAUGCUUGCUAUUUCUUGUCACUUUGUAAUAUUGUUGCCCACUUUUUGUUUUCUCCUUUCUCAUUUCUCACACUAAGUUUGAGGGGUUGAUUACUGAGCUGGGUGUAUGGCAACUGAAGGCUCGGGUUCGGGUUCGGGUUCGGGUUUGGGUUUGAACUCGAAGGUUCAGUCACUGCCACCGCCACAGCCGAAGUCGCCACCGGAUUUGUAUGGGCGGAGAAGGGAAAUGGUUAGACUUCAAGUGCUUGAAAGAGAGAAAAGCUUACUAGAGGAAGAGUUGAAAUUUGCAAACCGCCUUCAACCUGCCUCCAGAUGCUGCAAAGAGAUUGCUGAUUAUGUCACAGCAAAUGCAGAUCCAUUGCUUCCAACAAAUCAGAAAACCGGCAAGUCCUGCUAUCUAUGGAAGUGGCUCUGUGGGUCAUCGUGCUUCAAGUUAUCAUGGGUUUGCUGCUGUACUGGCUGCACUAGCUGCACUAUCCAUCUAAAAAAACCGAGAUGUUGUUCCUGUUGUUUAAAAGACUGCUGCUCCUGCUUCAGCUGUUCAUUACCAAAGUGUAGCUGUUGGUGUAGGAAUCCUUGCUCCUGCUGCUGUGACAAGAAACCUUGCUGUGGAAGCUGUGGAAGUUGUGCAAACUGUUACAGUUGUGGAAGCUGUACAAGUAGUUGCAGUUGUGAAAGUUGCACAAAUUGCUGCAGUUGUGGAAGUUGCGCAAAUUGCUGCAGUUGUUUAAAGUCUCUUCCGUGCUUAGACUGUUGUAGCUGUGAAUGUAAAUGCUCUUGUCCGAAAUGCCCAGCUUGUUCAGGGUUAUGCAAUUGCUCAUGUCCUAAAUGCCCAACAUGUUCAGGAUUAUGGAAUUGCUCUUGUCCUAAAUGCCCUACAUGUUCCGAAAUUUGCAAAUCCUGUUUAAGCUGUUUAGGCCGUAUAACAAAAUGUUUCUGUCCAUGUAUAUGCUGUUAACUUUUAAUUGAUAUUGCAAACAUGAAGCUUUUUGUUUAUAC